AUCUUACAUAUUGUUUAUGUUAAUUUAAUACAUUGAAAGUGCGUUUGGAUGUAACGUAACAACUAAAUAAUUGCAAAAGCCGUUCUGUUCCAGCCAUCGCAAACGCAUACAGUUCAGUAGCACACACAGUAAAUUGUUUCUUAAAAUUGCCAGAUACUUCUUUGCUGCCUUAACCUCUUGUCAAAAGAUUUCGUAUUUGCUAUUCAAACAAUGCGUUCAAAGGUUAGCUUUACUUCCUUGUACUACGUUCAUUCUCUUAUUAAUUUAUCAUCCUGCAAAAUAUUAUUAAAAUGUUUAUUUUUGAUCAUCUGUUAGGUUGAGUUGGAAAAAUUUGAGCAUGAUGAGCGCAUGCAGCUGUAUCCGAAGCACAGACACCUGCUGCGUGGAUACAAUCACACGACCCAGAUGAGUUAUGGAAACCGGGAGCAAAUCAGAGACACUUGUCGAGGUGAUAGCGGUGGACCUCUUCAAACCACACAUUUCCUGGCAGAGUGCGUGUUCACCAUUACUGGUGUGACGUCAUGGGGCAGGUCCUGCGGGUUCGCCGGUAACUCGGGCGUGUACACCAGGUACGCUCUCUAUCCAGUGCACUACGUGCCUUGGAUAGAGAGCGUCGUGUGGCCGGACUAGAGAACGGAUCUAACGAAGUCUGGUGGUUUUCCUCACUUUAAUUAAUGACUAUGUAACGACAUUAUUAGAGAAAAAUAAAGUUUGUUGAUGACAAACCAAGAUUUAUAUCAAAUCCAUGACUUAUGACUUUUAAUAAAGAAGGACUGUGUACUUUUUUAUUUUGAAAUAUCCAAAUCUACUAUCAAAUUUUGUUAAUCAAAGCUUAAACAACUCUAAAUCUGACAGAAAGCAAGUUUAAUAAGGAGAGGAAGAUAUCUGUGCAGG